CUCUAUAAAAAGUCUUCUCAUCUUUACUCAGGCACUUGCAGCUUCAAAAUGCCAGUAGCGCUACACGAACUGCUUUUGUUCACGAUUGGAAUAGUUUAUCUAACAGAUGGAAACUCAGCACUGCUAUCUGUACGAAAAGACCCUAGGUGUGGGCAGAAACCACAUGAGACAAAGCCAUGGAGUUACUUCAACCUCCUCACACGCAUUGUUGGUGGGAACCAGGUGGAACAAGGCUCCCAUCCAUGGCAGGUUUCCUUGAAACGAAGGCAAAGACAUUUCUGUGGCGGCACCAUUGUUUCUGCUCAGUGGGUGGUCACGGCAGCUCACUGUGUUGUAGACAGGUAUAUAUUGGAUUACCUGAAUGUCACUGCAGGAGAGUAUGAUUUGAGUCUUGAGGAGGAGGAAGAGCAGACUCUGCCUGUUGAGUCCAUCAUUAAACACCCAAAUUUCAAUCCUGGAAGACCCAUGAAUUAUGACAUUGCCCUUGUGAAGUUGAAGGGUUCCUUCAGAUUUAGUCCAUCGGUUGUGCCAGCAUGCCUUCCUGAUCCAGAUGAGAAGUUUGAUCCAGGCUACAUUUGCACCACUUGUGGUUGGGGCCGUCUAAGAGAGAAUGGAAACCUUCCUCAAGUUUUGCAUGAAGUGAAUUUGCCGAUCCUGAAUUACAAGGAAUGUUCUAGAAUAUUAUUAACUUUGAGAAAACCAAUCCAAGGUGACACUUUGAUGUGUGCUGGAUUUCCAGAUGGAGGAAAGGAUGCAUGCCAGGGUGAUUCUGGGGGUCCUCUUUUGUGCCGGCGUAAGCAUGGUGCCUGGACUCUGGCUGGUGUGACUUCCUGGGGCAUGGGCUGUGCUCGUGGUUGGAUUAAUAACUUGCGGAAAAACUAUGACCAGAGAGGAUCACCAGGUGUUUUCACAGAUCUCAGGAAAGUGCUCUCCUGGAUUCAUGGAAAGAUCAACGCUGACUUGAAAAUGAAAAGUUCUACAGCCUCAUGUAGCAGUCAGGAUGGCAAACUGCGUGGCAAUGAAGGGUCAUUACGUUUCCCUGAAAGUCCCAAGCAUUUCUACGAAAACAACCAGUUGUGUGUGUGGACUCUUCUUGUCCCAAAAGGAAUGCACAUACUUCUUAAUUUUUCCCACUUUGAUGUAGAGCCAGACACAUUCUGUGACUAUGAUUCCUUGCUGGUGUAUUCAAAAGAUGACAGGCUUGUUGGGAAAUUCUGUGGUGAUGAUCCUCCGUUGCCAAUUUUAGUGGGCUACAAUAGCAUGAGGCUGAAAUUUGUCUCUGAUAAUAAGGAGUAUGGAGCUGGAUUUUCCAUGACAUACAAAGCAGUUUCACCAGAUGCUCUUCCUGAUUCUGGCUGUGGGUCCUUAGCUGUCCUUUUUAAAGCAGGAGUGAUACAAAGCAUACACUAUCCUGAACCCUACAGUAACCUGGCACAGUGUCACUGGAUUAUUCAUGCUCCGGAGGACCAUGUCAUUCUGCUUACUUAUCAAUCUUUUGAAACUGAAGAAAAUGAAGACUGCUCCUAUGACUCUGUGACAGUAUAUGAGGAUUCAGCAAAAGAGGAGGAAAUAGCCAAGUCUUGUGGAUUUGCUGUUCCACCGCCUGUCCUGAGUUUCUCUAAUGUGAUGCUGAUCAUCUUUAAAUCAGAUGAAACAGAAACUUUUGGGGGAUUUCGAGCCACAGUCUCCUUCAUUCAUAUGGCAGAUUUAAAUGUAUCAGAUUCAAACAAUGAAACAACAUUUCUUGAAGAUGUCCAUGUGGCCAUAAAUGAAACAGAAAUUCCAGAUUAUAUCUGUGGAGUGCCUUUAAACCAACCCAGAUUUCUCUUCAGUAGGAUAGUUGGAGGUGAGGAAGCUGUACCCUACUCAUGGCCUUGGCAGGUCAGCAUCCAGAUUUCAGCAGAACAUGUGUGUGGAGGAGCAGUUUUUGCCAAAGACUGGGUUGUCACAGCUGCUCACUGCUUUAGUCAUAAGGAACAGUACAAAGAUUUAUGGAUGGUGGUUGCUGGACUCCAUGAUAUUACAGAGCAAGAGCACAGUCAGAAAAGAUCAGUGAAGCAAUACAUCAUGCAUCCAAAUUUUAACAAGACCACCAUGGAUUCCGACAUUGCGCUACUGCAAUUGACAGAGCCUUUAAAAUUUAAUCACUAUGUGCGCCCAGUGUGCCUUCCAGAGGAAGAAGAGGAGGUUCAGCCUUCCCAAGUGUGCACUAUCACAGGAUGGGGUGCAUAUGAUGAAGACAGAGAAAAGACCAAAAAGCUUCAGCAGCUGGAAGUCCCCAUCCUUGUGCUUGAGACAUGUCAGAAGUACUAUGUGAACCAUUCUGGUAAAGUGACCCAAAGGAUGUUCUGUGCUGGAUUUCCUCAAGAAGAGGGAAAGGAUUCAUGUACAGGUGACUCUGGUGGCCCAUUAGUUUGUCCUUCAGAAGAUUCAGGAUUUUACACCCUCAAUGGAAUAAUAAGCUGGGGCUUUGGUUGUGGAAGAAAAGGCUACCCAGGAGUCUAUACAAAUGUUGCUGUUUUCAUGGACUGGAUCAAUCAGCACAUGAGUAGUGGCAAGACACAAAUAUCAUCAAGCUAUUCAGACUUUCAAGACAGAAGCUAAACUCAGCAGUGACUGGGAGUACCUUGUAUCAUAUGCUCCAGUGGUUCUACCUUCAUAAUGGAAUUCCUCUAUGACUCUCAAGGACCUUACUUCUGUGACUCCUGAAUGGCUUACAAGUUUCAUGACUCACAAUUAAGAUUAAAAUUCCUCUGUGCCUUUUGGACAUUGAACUCCUCAUUUUGUAUUUGGAAAACUCAGUGGAUCUGUAAGUUAAGGGACGCAUUUAUAGUAAUAAAAUGCAUUUUAAGCCUUUGCA